CGAUCAUAAGUAUAAAAUAGAUUGAAUUAUUAUCGGUGAGGUCUGAUAGAACUUUUCUUAGUGAACAUAAUUUUGCAUCAACUAUAUUGCAAUAAAAUUAAAUAUGUCAGAAACUAAAAUGAGUCGGCUUGAAAUAAUAAAUUCCGUGCCGUUUGAUGAAUUCUUUAAUGCUGAAAUUCGUAUGUUACGUUACAUGGGACUGUUACAUUUUAAAUGUAUAUAUUUUCAAGUUAAGAAGAAUCUGAACAUUGUUGCUCUCAUACAAAUUAUAGCUUACGAUAUUACUCUUGCCCCUGAAAUGUUUACGGCAUUACUUUCAGCUUCACUUUGUUGUUUUAAGGCUCUAAGAUGCUGGACACAUAGAAAAGAACUUUUUGAUUUUAUUAGAAAGCUUAAAGUACUUUGGGAGGAUGCUUCAUCAAAACAAUUUAUGACAGAGCCAAUACUAGAUAGUGCACUUUAUGCCAAAUCAUUAAGAAAUCAAUUAACAGUCGGAUUAUUGUUAUUGGUUGUUACUUAUGGAUUUUUUCCAUAUGUGGUAUUUAUCGACCAUUUUAUCUCUCACAGAGACGAAUAUUUUUUUAAUUUUUCUAUUAUUAUAUACCCCAUCAGUUAUCCUUUUACAGUUAACACUUUUCCCCGGUAUUUUAUAUGUCUCAUUUUUGAACAAACAAUUCUUUUGUUAUGCUACAUAUAUUGGCUUUGUGGAGAUGUCAUGUUUAUACAAUUAACAACUCAUCAAAUAGACUGCUUAGCCUUAAUGGAACUGCACUCAAUGAUUUUACAAAUAAUAAAAAUCAUGAAGAAUUAUGAAACAUUGCAUCGGAACAUCACCAACAGUAUUUGUACAUAUUGCCAAUGGCUCCAAAGAUUUUUUAGUCCAAUUGUCCUUUUUGUCACGUUGAUUAAUGCAGCAAACCUUUGUUUUUCCCUUUUUCGCGUCGACCAAGAAAUCAAUCAGAAGAAUUGGAGCGGUCUUUUAGUGAAUGCAAUACAUUUACUUGCUGUUUUAGGUCAAACAAUUUUGUACUGCAUGCAUGCAGAAAUGUUAACUGUUAAGCUUGAAGCCAUUUAUUUCUGUGACUGGACGGGCUCAUCUAAAAAGUUCAAAACAAUGGUUUUAAUGAUCAUGAAACGCGCUCAUAAAGAGUAUAAGUUUACAGUUUAUGGAAUAAUAACUUUCAACCUCAAUCAAUUCACAAAGAUUGUUAACGCAGCUAUGAGUUAUUUUACAUUAUUGAGAAGUUUUGGAUAGUUUACAAUUAUCAAAACUCUAUAGUGAAGACAAAUAUAUGUUUAGUCGGGUCACAAUAAUAAUUAAUAUGCAUUAUAAAUUAGCUAAUAUACAAAAUGUUCCGAGGAAAAAUAAAUUUUAUG